AUGGCAUUUCAUAGACCCCAACCCCCCAAUCGAUCAACUCAUAGAUUAACUACAGAUAAAGAAUUCGAGUUAGAACAAAUUAACCAAGAACUCCAGGAGAUAUUACAAUCGGAGGUAGCUAUCAACAAGUCGAAUGAGAAAUAUAUAAAGGAUCUGGAACGUAAAUAUACCCAGUGUGAGAAUGAAAUUCAAUCUCUCAAUAAAGAACUGGAAUGGCUUGAGAAUGCUUCGGAGGAAGAAAAGGCGGAGUUGAGAUCGGAAAUAUCAUCCCUUAAAAAAAGCUUAUAUCAAGCUAAAAAGGAGGUCCGAGAUAAGAUAUCUUAUAUCGAUAGUAUAGAGAAGCAAUUACAAGAAUCGGAAGAACGGGUUCAAAAUUUAAGGCAUAGAUUCAAAGUUAUUUCUUCGAGAAGAAGCUCUCCAAGUUUAUAUAAUUCAGAAGAAGAUACAGAUAUGGCAAAUCUUGACCUUUUUAUACAAAUUGAUCGAGGCUUAACUCGAAUUGAAAAUCACAUCCGAGGUGCUGGUACUCCAUUAAAUAAUCCUAUCAAUAUUAUAAAUGGCAUUAGAGGCUCUUUGAAUGCUGUCCGCCUUAAUUACCAAAACGCGUAUCAGGAUAUAGAUGGUGUUAUAGCCCAACGAGAUGAUCGGAAUAAUCAAGUAUUGCAGUUGCAACAAGAUGUCAAUUAUUUGAGAGAGCAAAAUGCUAAUCUCCAGAAUCAAGUUAAUCAGCUUAUUCAGGAGCGAGAUACCUUACAAAAUUAUGUUAAUCAACUUAUAGCAGAGCGAGAUACCUUGCAGAAUCGUGUCAAUCAACUUGCUCAAGAUCUCGAUAACAGCCAACACGGAUAUAAUUUACGAGGGUAUUUGUGGUAUAAUGUUACCUUGGCAUUAGAAAAACAAUCUAAACUCAGGCGUCCUCUCGAAAUUAUUUAUAAG